GCAGCACACCUGCCGAUGCCGAAUCUCGAGAUUCAUUCUUCAGCAAACGUCUUGCUUUUUCCCUCAAUUAUAACCGCCAAUAUGAUUGGCAGUCGCAGUUUAUCAAGGGCUACUGUGGGAGGCACUACCAGAAAUAUUUCUUUAAUAAAACCCGCCUCUCCGGCUCGAUCCCUGUCAUCCAUUGCCUCUCGCCCUGUCUUAUCUAGCAGCCGAAAUGAUCGUUUACGACUGAAAGCUAGCUCAUACUUGCCUUCGGCGUCAGUCUCAGGCCUUUCGUUUGCUCGAUUCAAUUCAACAUCUACGCUCGGCGAAGAAACUUCACAAGCGGCGGAAAAUGUCACAUCAUUGGGAGAAUCGCAGCUCCCUGCUAUCGAUGGCAUCCCCGAAAAAAUUGGAUAUUUAAAGGAACUUGGACUCGACUAUGGCUGGGGACCGUCAGCUUUCAUGGAAUGGUUAAUUGAACACAUUCAUAUCUGGAGUGGGAUACCUUGGUGGGCCAGUAUUGCCGCAGCUGCCUUGGUCACGCGUAUAGCUCUUUUCCACCCUUCGCUCAAGGCGGCUGAUAACGCAGCCAAAACUGGUCCCAUCAAGGACGAAGCAAUGGAACUCAGGAAGCAAAGAAUGCAAAUGCUUUCACAGGGAAGACAAUUGGAAGCUGCCAAAGCGAAGUUGGCAAUGGACGAACUCUACCAGAAGCACGAUAUCAAGUUGUGGAGAAACUUCGUACCGCUCCUCCAAAUUCCUCUUGGUUUUGGAACUUUCCGAGUUGUGCGUGGAAUGGCUACGCUCCCUGUUCCAGCUCUGGCGAUGGAACACUGUGGCUGGGUUCAUGAUCUCACAAGCUACGAUCCCCUCUACAUACUCCCUGCGUUAGCGACGGGUGCUAUGUAUUUCACUAUGAAGAAAGGAGUAGACUCUGGUUUAAGUGGGACGGGAUCCACUGCUCUAGGUAGAGGCCUCACAAUUGGUCUACCAGCCAUAUCUCUUUUGUUCAUUGCGUGGCAGCCGGCCGGCUUGCAAUUGUAUUUCGCGGCUAGCGGUCUCUUUUCGCUAGGCCAGGCAUAUCUCUUUAACACUCCCAUUACACGCAAACUUCUGGGAAUCGCGCCAAUCUACAAACCACCCGCCAAUGGAGAGAAACAAGACAGCCUUCGAAUGAUCCAACAAGAAUUCUUGUCUCAAAUGCAAAAAAGAGUCGACGAACAAAGAGGUGAGGUAUCAGGAGCUUCCACAAAAUCCGGUAAUAUCAGCCUUGUCGACAAAAUGGUCAACAACGCCAAGAAGGAGUUCUCCACAAUGAAGAAGGAAAUGAGCGACAAAGUCAACAGCUACUCACAACCGGAUGAGAAGAACUACGACGGAACCCCGGCAGCUCCUCCACGUUUGUCUGCGGCGGAGAAGCGAAGUGCCGAAUCUUAUAAAGCGCAGAGAGAGAUUGAAGAUGCCCAUGAAAUGGCUGAACGCAAUCGGAGACGUGUCCAGGAAUACGAAGCUUUUAUCGCUCAGCAGCAGGCGAAUGCUGCUCAAUCAUGGCGACAAAAGGGAAAGGAGGUGGCAACGUCGAAAAAGCCAGUCAAGAAGUCGAAAGCUAGGAAAUAGUUGCCUUUCCCUUUCCUUUCUCGUCCCCUCAUAAGCAUGCAUCUGUUCAUUUAGGACUGUGUUAUUAUUUCCUUUCUAGUUUUACUACAUCUCCCGAAAGAGGUCAUCUGAUAUCAUUUGGUGUUGCUGGCUGUUUCUUUUACUGUCUACUUUUCACCUGUAACCUAUGUAUAGCUCUUUUCUUCAGUCCUGCUCCGGGAUGUAUUAACAAUUUGUUCAUUAUCACUCAUUUGAGGAAAAACCUUAUGAAGGAGAUAGAUAGAGAAAUAUAAUGAAACAUAUUCAAUAAAGUUCAUCCUACCAAAUAAAUAGAUACGCAUACCACCUAUCCAAAACAUCAGAAGUAUUUACAACAAUCUUUCCCCAGCCCGGUGUCGUUGAUACAUACAAGGUAUUAACAAGAUCCUAAUCCAAUUUCGUAGCCUAAACUUUGAAUACUCUCACCGUUCCUAAAAGAGCGAACCAUAAAUCAUGAACUGUGUAAAG